AUGAGCAGGCUUUUGGCUCGAGCCAGCCCAACACCAAGUCCUCUCCAUCUUGUUUUCUGGAAUCAGACACCAAGCGUCAUGGGUUGUGGAGCCUCCGCCGCGGCCGAGCAGUCGAAGGCAGAGGCCCCGAAGGAGACGAAGCCGGCGACGGUGAACGUGGACCCGGAGAAGUUCAAGUUGGCCAUCGAGGAAGCUCCGGCGGAGAUGAAGCCCCAGUCCGGCGCCUGGCUCAGCGAGAAGCUCUACGUCUUUAUCACGGGAGACAACGAGAUCAAAGAGCACCCCAUCAAAGAGUUGGACGUUGCCACGGGGAGCAUCACGGAGCGGGGCAUGUUCAAGGUCCCGUUGGAGGGAUAUAUGUGGCCUUACAUGUCCAGUUCGGUGGACGGAUCUAUGUAUUGUGUGGGUUGCGGGCCGUUGCUGACCGUCUACAAGGCAGACCACACAGAACUGGUGUCGAUGAAACUGGAGCCCGAAGAUUGCCACGCGACCACCAUGGUCUUCAGCCCCGAUGGCACGAAGCUAGCCGUGGAGGGCAGCAGGCAGAAGCUGUUCAUCUACUCCCUACCCGAUGGGAAGCAAGUCAUGAAGGAUGAAGGUGAGAAGACCAACGACUACGGCAUGCUUCCGCUAUGGUGGGACAAUGACACGGUCUUGGCCUUUCACCAGUGGAUUGCUUAUGCCUUCAAAGCCAGCACUGGCGAAAAGUUGUGUCGCUUCGAGCUCCCGAAAGGCACCUUUCUCCCGAAGGCUGAGCUUUCAGAACACUUCGAAGAAGAGUGGGAGAGAGAGCAGAAGGAUUGUCGAGAGAAGUUGGCUCUAUUGGGUUCCAGUCUGCUGGAGGCGCCUGGCAUGCGCUUGGCCACCGUGGCGUGGCCGUUUCACCGGUACUUCUGGGGCCAAUCGGCCCUGGAGUAUGUGCGACGCUCCAAUACGACGGCAUCGGUGGCCAUGGCAGUGCAACGCCACGAGGGCAAUGAGCACUUGGUGCGAACGUUGCAGACGCUUGAGAAUGAGUCAUCCAUGCGCUACCGGCACUACGAGACUAAGCCUUGGCUUGAUGAGGAUGGGCAUGUCAUCUGGCCGUGGUUGCGUGUUUGUACCGCAAAAGUGGUCAUGAACCAGGCCUUCGAAACAUUUAUGGGAUUGAUUAUUUUCGCCAAUGUCCUCUUGAUCGUCUUUGAGACCAACCAGGAUGCCAGAUGCUACCCGGACUAUUCAAACAAUAUGCUUCAAUGCCCACAUGCCAGUAGCCACAUUGUUUGGGCGUGGGGCUGCAAUGUGGCCCUGCAAGUGGCUUAUAGCCUGGAAUGCGUAGCACGACUUUAUGUUGAGCGAAGUCUUUUUCUUCAAAACCGAUGGAACCUCAUCGACCUCUUCAUCGUCCUGAUCGGGUGGGCGGGCAUGGCCCUGACGGAAAUGGUGAAUCUGAACGUCCUCCGGAUCUUCCGGGUGAUCCGUUUGCUCCGUGCGGGGCGUCUGUUGAUCUCCGUGCCAGAGCUCUACAUCUUGCUGAGUGGCCUGACCACGUCCUUCAAGGCCAUUUUCUUCGGCUCCAUCUUGUUGAUCUCCGUGGUCUUUGUGUGGGCCAUCGUCACGGUGGAAAUCAUCCAUCCAGUGAAUGUGGAGAUACCCUACAUGGAUAGCAACUACACCUCGCCGUGCCCGCAAUGUGCAUCGGGCUUUGCCACCGUUUAUCGCGCAUCCUUGACGCUCUUUUCCCAGAUUGUGGCGGGCGAUGCCUGGGGUCAGAUCUCGCCGCCCUUAGCGCAUGCGGCGCCAUGGACCGCUCCGAUCUUGUUUGGUAUCAUGAUGACGAUUUCACUGGGUGUGAUGAAUCUCAUCCUCGCUGUGAUCGUUGAGAAAGCUGCCGAAGCACGUCAGACUGACUUGGACAAGAAGUUGAUGCAGAAGGACCAAGUGCGGGAAAGGAAUAUGGUGGAGUUGGCCCUGAUGUGUGAUCGGAUGGACAAGGAUGGCAGCGGGGCGCUUUCUUUAGAGGAGAUGAUGGAUGGAUAUGCCAAUGACAAGAAGUUCUACAGCGUGAUGCAAGGGGCCGGAGUCGAAAAGGAUGACUUGCAAACGAUGUUCAAUGUGCUGGACACCAACGAUUCUGGUGAAGUGGACUAUGUGGAAUUCUGCAAUCAGCUGGGCAAGUGCCAGAAGACCGAUCCCUUAAUGGUGGCCUCGAUGACCAGGUAUUCAGUGAUGGAGCUGAAGAAGAUCAUUCGAUCCGAAGUCAUCGAGGCGCUGAAAGAGCAGAAGCAGAUGAUGCAAGAUCAGCUGGAACUCUUUCGGCAGAUUCCCAGCUGCCAAGAGGCCACUGAACAGCUGCAUCACAAAUGGUCUCGCCGAAAGCCGCUGAAGCGUCAGAACCACGAGGGUGAGUUGACGGCCCUCGGCGAGUACGAUCGAAAGAUCCAAGCGGAGCUGGAGCAACUUCUGGUUUGGGCACGACAACUCCGUUUAGAGGCACCGAGCAAUCUCAGCUUGGUCUCGCCGAGCAACGUGAGUCUGAGCCCAUCGAUCUCGCAGGUGUCGGCUUCGGCCGCUUCCGGAAGCGGUGGGCUGAGAAUGGAUCCCAAGCAGCAGUGGUUUGAGAUCGGCCGGCGCUUCAAGGAGCUUUCAGAUCACUUCGAAGAACACCUGGAGAGGGAGAAGGCGAUGCACCAGCAAUGCCAUGACAUCUUGUCCACCUUGAGCUCCAUCCUGCAGGAGCACCGGGUACUUGUCUCUGAAGAGAUGUGA